GUCUUCAUGAACUUGGACAUUGUCUGGAUUUAGUCACUGACAAACCUAAUACAGAAUGAACGCCGUGAAGCAGAUGUAUCUUCUCCUCAUCUGUGAAGGCUUCUAUCUGGGUUUUGUGUGUCAGGAGUGGACGUUCCCUUCUACAAUCACUGCUCUGAUCGGCUCCUGUGUGGAGAUUCCUUGUACAUAUCAUCCUGCCAAUACCUCAGGGACGUCCCGCACUGUGUGGUACUUAUAUAAGUAUAUACAGAGAGAUCCAGAGAUCCUAAACAUCAGGGACUCAUCUUCAGUAAUGGCAGAAUACAGAGACCGGACCUCACUGGUACCAGGAGAGAACAGCUGCACCCUGAGGAUAGACCCUGUGAGAGGAGAAGAUGGUGGUAAUUAUUAUUAUCCAGGAGACAGAAAUACAGAUGCAUUCAGGACACAAUCUGUAAGAGUUCAACUCCAUGUCACAGAUAAAGUGAAUGUUUGGCUUUAUCGGUCUAAUGUUAUGACUGAAGGAGAAGCCACCAUUAUACGAUGUGCUGUAGACCACACGUGCCGCUCCAGUCCUCCUUCUUUACGAUGGAACAAACCUGGACAAGUGAAAAAUAAUUCAGUGGAGGUUUCUCAAGGAGACUGGAGAGAAGAAUCAGAACUUACUUACAUUCCUUCAUAUGUGGAUCAUGGGAGUCCUGUUCAGUGCAUCGCUACGUAUCCUAAUGGGGAAGACUUAGAUUUAUCAGGAACACUGAACAUCAAAUAUGCACCAAAAAAUGUGACUGUCGCUGUCAUCGGUAUAGAUAAUGUGAUGGAAGGAAGUGAUAUGAAGUUGCAAUGUAACAGCUUCUCCAAUCCUGCUGUAUAUGAUCAUGAAUGGUACAAAGGGAAAUCCAAAUUACCAGAUACAGGACGGGAGAUCACAGUGAGGAAUGUGAGCAGGGACAUGGAGCCCUAUUCCUGUGCUGUAAGAAAUAGUAUGGGUAGAGGAGAAUCAGCCCCGACAGAGAUACCUGUACAAUAUGCACCAAAAAAUGUGACUGUCGCUGUCAUCGGUAUAGAUGAAGUGAUGGAAGGAAGUGAUAUGAAGUUGCAAUGUAACAGCUUCUCCAAUCCUGCUGUAUAUAAUUAUGAAUGGUACAAAGGGAAAUCCAAAUUACCAGACACAGGACGGGAGAUCACAGUGAGGAAUGUGAGCAGGGACAUGGAGCCCUAUUUCUGUGCUGCAAGAAAUCAUUUGGGUAGAGAAGAAUCAGCCCCGACAGAGAUACCUGUACAAUAUGCACCAAAAAAUGUGACUGUCGCUGUCAUCGGUAUAGAUGAAGUGAUGGAAGGAAGUGAUAUGAAGUUGCAAUGUAACAGCUUCUCCAAUCCUGCUGUAUAUAAUUAUGAAUGGUACAAAGGGAAAUCCAAAUUACCAGACACAGGACGGGAGAUCACAGUAAGGAAUGCGAGCAGAGACAUGGAGCCCUAUUCCUGUGCUGCAAGAAAUCAUUUGGGUAGAGGAAAAUCAGCCCCGACAGAGAUAUCUCUACAAUAUGCACCAAAAAAUGUGACUGUCGCUGUCAUCGGUAUAGAUGAAGUGAUGGAAGGAAGUGAUGUGAAGUUGCAAUGUAACAGCUUCUCCAAUCCUGCUGUAUAUAAUUAUGAAUGGUACAAAGGAAAAUCCAAAUUUCCAGACACAGGACGGGAGAUCACAGUAAGGAAUGUGAGCAGAGACAUGGAGCCCUAUUCCUGUGCUGCAAGAAAUCAUUUGGGUAGAGGAGAAUCAGCCCCGACAGAGAUACCUGUACAAUAUGCACCAAAAAAUGUGACUGUCGCUGUCAUCGGUAUAGAUGAAGUGAUGGAAGGAAGUGAUGUGAAGUUGCAAUGUAGCAGCUUCUCCAAUCCUGCUGUAUAUAAUUAUGAAUGGUACAAAGGGAAAUCCAAAUUACCAGACACAGGACGGGAGAUCACAGUGAGGAAUGUGAGCAGGGACAUGGAGCCCUAUUCCUGUGCUGCAAGAAAUCGUAUGGGUAGAGGAAAAUCAUCCCCGACAGAGAUAUCUCUACAAUAUAAAGUCCUCAGUUCUACAAAUAUUAUAAUUCCAGCAACUAUCGGAACAAUCUUCUCCCUGCUACUGCUUGGAUUGGUUGCAUUGGCUACCUAUUUUUGUUGGAGAAAAAAAAAAUGCCAGAAAUUAACAAGCAAUGAGACUGAAGCACCCCCUGAUGCCACAUACACUGACCUGAUAAAACAAGAUAUUGAAAGCGAUUAUGAACAAUUCAAGACUGAAGCACCCCCCGAUGCCACAUACACUGACCUGAUAAAACGGGAUAUUGAAAACGAUUAUGAACAAUUCAAGACUGAAGCACCCCCCGAUGCCACAUACACUGACCUGAUAAAACGAGAUAUUGAAAACGAUUAUGAACAAUUCAAGACUGAAACAUGCGCAGAUGGCACGUACACUGACUUGAUGAAAAAAGACAUGGACAAUGCUUAUGAAGAAUUAAAGGAUCAUGGACACCGGGAGGAUGUGCAUAAUUUAUGAUGAGGCAUAUACUCUGUCAUAAAAUAAGAGCAUCUCCUGACAGUGCAGCCGAACAUGUAGCUACCCUGACUAUGGGAGCCUAAUAUGAGAAAAAUCUAACAACCUUCCCAUCAUUUACUUCAAGAUAAUAGAAGAGGAACAUCACUGAUAGAUCCCUCAACAAACCAUGGAUGUUUGGAGUCAUAGAUGAAACAUGGGAUGUACCGCAAAUGGGCUGAAUUAAGUUUAAGCACCCAAUGUCUUAUAGGGAAAAUGAAUAACACAACAGACUUUGCUUCUUUUAUAGUAACAGUUGGAUUGCCAAAGAGGAAUGCCAAACCGGUACUGUUGAGCAUGCCAAGUGGAGCCAAAUCACCCUUCCCUUAAAGACUUUUUCCAUUUAAUAUUUCUAAUGCUUCUCUACAGCUGUUUAGCAGAUACUUUUUCUGACACAGAGCUUCACAUGAACUUAUAUGUUCAUCCACCAGGAGAGGAGCCAAAGAAAUGACUACAUACUUUUUAUAUCUGCCACUUAAAAGGGUUGUCCGAGUUAUGAAAAAAUAUAUAUAUAGCACUGAAAAUCUGAUGGGCAGCAAUAUAUAACUAAGCGAAGCAAGUUUUAUGCAACAAAUAUAUCUAUUUCCUAAUU